ACACAAAAAUGUUGUCACUAUAUAUAGGUCUGACUCGUGUGGAGCGCAUGCGUAGAGCGUAAACAACGUGAAAGCCAUUGCUUUCAAUCUAUACAUCCCUUUCCUGUCAUACACUCAAACCGAUCGGUUGUCCACAUAAUGGGUAAACCAAAAGGACUGCGAACCGCCCGUAAGCACCGCAAUCAUCGCCGGGAACAGCGCUGGCACGACAAGGACUUCAAGAAAGCACAUCUCGGACUGCGAACCGCCCGUAAGCACCGCAAUCAUCGCCGGGAACAGCGCUGGCACGACAAGGACUUCAAGAAAGCACAUCUCGGUAUGCACCCGAUGGAAAGCGAAUCCGUUCGGCGCGCGGAGGGUACGCUUCCCGUAUCACAAUCUCUUCCACCCGCAACUCCGUGGCGAAAACAGCCGCGAGACGGUUGUCUCAACUUCAUUGAGGAGAACGACGAGGUGUUGGUCGCCGGCUUCGGUCGUAAGGGUCACGCCGUCGGAGACAUUCCCGGCGUUCGCUUUAAGGUCGUGAAAGUGGCCAACGUUUCACUCCUCGCCCUCUAUAAGGAGAAGAAGGAGAGGCCCAGGAGUUAG